AUGGGGGAGGAGUCACCAACUGCGGGCACGCUGCCGCAAUGCGACGACGCAUCCCCCACGGACCAGUGGCUUCAGGAUCUUGUGAACGACUGCGAAGCGCAGAUGGGAACUGGGAGCUGGCUCCCAUGGCUGCGUUCGCGCUUGGGCUUCGGCCUCUCGCCGAAGUGGCAAGAUUUACCUGAAAGCGACGAGCCGGAGGUCGUGUCCUGCCCCCUUCUGGCUCCGUGCCCGCUGCUCGAAGUCGGGCAAGAGGAUGCGCAAGAGUGCUCCUUCCUCCUGCAGGGGAAGGUGGGCCCCGAUGGGGAGCGGCCGCGAUGUGCCCUGGUGACCCUGGACCUACGGCGGGGCAGCUCGUUGAGGCGAGUGCAGGAUCUUGUGGGUGAGAGCAGCCUCUCUUGCCCCUACUGCCAGGAGCAGCUGGAGACCCACUGCGCCUCCUUCCUGCGCGCGGGGCAGCGCCUUGUCCUCUUCUUCAAGGAUCAGGAUGUGUCGCGGUUGAAGUGCGUGGAGUGCAAAAGCAAAUGGUACUUGCCCAGAGAGGCUCUGAGUUCCAUCCCGGUCUCAGCCUUCUUUGCGCUCUUGUGGUCCGGUCUUCGGGCACUUCCAUGCGGCCACAGCUUUUCAAACGCGCACUGGGAGCUUUGGAAUGCCAUCUUCUCUAUGCGCCCGGCUCCCGCAGUGGCCUUGGAACUGAGAGGCCCUGCCUUCGUCUGGGUCGAGACGAUGCGCAGGAGCUCAGUCGCGCCAGAGCUGCUCCGCACCGUCGCCCGGGUGGAGAAGAUGAUCGAGGCUCACCUCGCCAAAGUCUUCAAGGAGUUCCGCGCUCUCGGCCCCAUGGGCACUCUGCAGAGGAAGGCUUGGUUUUGGGGCCAAGAAGACGAGACGAUUCGCUGUGCUCUCCGCAGCCGCAACCUCUUGGAAGCAUCCGCACUCCUUCGGAAGUGCAGCGCCCAACUGCAGGUUUACGUGGACGACACCUCUCGCUUGGUGAAUUUGGGGUGUGCCUGUCUCCUGCACUGCUGCCUCGCGAAGUGCCGGAAGCUGGUGGAAGGAGAGAUUGUCGAGGAAGAAGAUGAGAAGGAGCAGGCCGUGUCUUCGCAGAUCCCACUGCGAGCUUUGUCUUCGCAGAACCCACUACGAGUUCAUGUGGCACAAGCACGCCCACAGGACACACUUCCGCUCUCCUUGUCUGCUCAAAGCUCCCCCAGCCUUCUCAAGGACCUUCAAAUGGAGCCUGGGAACGCCUUCUUGCACGUCCCGAACCGGCGCCGCACCGUCGCCGUUUCCUCGCGACCGACCUCGAAGCCGCAGCGUUCGCCUUCUGCGCCGCCGCUGAGGAGAAAGCCCGAGGAAAAGGAGGAGAAGGACCGCGACAGAUAUGGGCGGAAGUCCUUAGACGACUCCUCGCUGUCACUCCUGGGCCUCGCCGCCUGGGCGGAUCCUUUCGCCGUCCUCAGGCGCCUCUACCCUGGCCAGCAGGGAGAUCCACGCCAAGGCACGAGGGGCUACAACGACUUCGCAAAGGCGAAGCCCCCUGAGCCAAUCUCAGUCAGUGCAAGCAACGAGGAGAAGUGGACCGCCGCGUGCCAAGAGCCCCGGACGAUCCUGGAAGCCGCAGGGUACAAGGAGCCCUACGAGCUUGACGUGGAGUGCGGGGCCGCCGGAGUCGCCGUGCCACUUCCAGCUAAGGGCUUCGACGCUGGGGCUCUCAUCGCCCACGCGCUGCUCUCGAAAAGUUGCUGGAAUGACAUGCGCGGACGUCUCCAGGGAGUUUGUCUGGGCAGCUACGACGAUCACUGCUUCCGGAGCCUGACUGGCGAGGUUCAAAGUUGGAAGAGCUUUGAUUUUUCCUCCUUGCCGGCUUUCGACGCGCCGAUCAAGGUGGAAGUCCGCUCCCCAAACGGCGGGCUCUGGAGUGUGACGAUCCACCAGCCCGUCCGAUUCCAUCUCCUUCGGCACUUGGCCUUUUCCGACGAUGCUGUGUUCUGCGAGCUCAUCCGCCACUGCUGCGCCCACGACACCUCUGGUGGAAAGAGUAAGAGCUCUUUCUGGCGCUCUGAGGCUGGUGAGCUGGUGCUGAAGGAGGUGCGCCCAGCCGAAGGUGAGCAUCUCGCCACUGUCUUGGCUGCGCCGAUGGUGGCGCGCAUGGCUCAGGCCCAAAGUGGGGAGCCCUCGCUGCUUUGCGAGAUUUUCGGAUACUUCGAGGUACGCGGCCAUGGCCGUCAGUCCCAUGAGUCUCACUCCAUCAUUGUGAUGCGGAAUCUACUGCAGAUCACCGAGGGUUGGCAGAUCUUCGACAUCAAAGGCGUCGGAGCCCACAGGAACCUGCCUCCAGCCAAGGAAGAGAGUGAGGAAGCCAAAGCAAAAGUCCAGUGGGACGGCGGCUUCCUCGCCGCCUUUUCCGGUCUUCCCGUUGUCCUUUCGAAGGAGGAUAGCGAUCGUCUGGAGCAUGCACUGACGAAAGAUCUCGAGCUUCUGCAGGAGUUGGGUUUGGUAGAUUAUUCUCUGCUUAUGGCCUACGAGGAAGGCCAGACUGGCAAGAGCGGUCGAAUACGGCUUGGCAUCAUCGACUUUCUUCAACCAUACACCUUGGACAAGAAGUUAGAGUCGACGGUCAAGAAGCUGGUGCAGCGCCACGAGCCUACAAUUGUCGCUCCGGACCAGUAUGCCCGCCGACUCUAUGAGUUUGCGCACGCGGCCUUUCAAGCGGCGCCCAAAGACGACUAA